GUAGCCAUCUUCUCCUGGAAUUUGUUACCGUAUACCUUAAGUUUCUUGAAUAUUUAUCUAUUGCAAAAUGGCAGUUCGUUCAAUCCCAAUUGACCAAAUUGAUUCUACAUUCAGGUCGAAAUACACAGACUUGAUUUCUGCGCCCCUCGGCUCAAAAGUAUUAUCAUGCAGCGAUGAAUACUUUGCCGCAGCCGAGAACCUCAUAACACCUACUCCUCCUGUUCGCAAACCCGGUGUCUUUGUACAUACAGGAGCUUGGUAUGAUGGCUGGGAAACUCGUCGUCACAACACAGAACCUGCGGAUUGGGUAGUGCUAAGACUGGGUACUGCCAGUGGAAAGGUGGCAGGAAUUGAAAUUGACACUGCGCAUUUCAACGGCAACCAUGCACCAGAGAUUGCUGUCGAGGGUGCUUUCAUAACCGACGAGAAGGAAGAAGAGGAAGUGAAGAAGCCAGGAUACACAGGCUGGGAAACUAUACUUUCCAAGCAGGAAUGUGGACCCAGCCAACGGCACGGAUGGGAACUACCGAGCAUCACCGAGAAGGCAUACACGCAUGUCAAGCUACUCAUGUACCCUGACGGUGGCAUAGCGCGUUUCCGCCUUUACGGUGUUGCUGUACCAGUUUUUCCUCAAUCUUCCGAGGCCAUCUUCGAGCUCUCUGCAACAGUCAUGGGCGGUGUCGCAAUCUCCUGUUCUGAUCAGCACUUCGGUACCAAAGACAACCUGUUGCUCCCCGGUCGCGGAAAGGACAUGGGUGACGGCUGGGAAACGAAGCGCACGCGCGGCGAACAUGUUGAUUGGACAAUUGUGAGGCUUGGAGCAAAGGGCGAGAUUGACCACAUUGUUGUCGACACGGCACACUUUAGAGGCAACUUCCCGCAAAAGGUGCAGGUAUAUGCCGGAAGCUUUGAGAAGGAUCCAAGCCAUGACGAUGCUGCUUGGGUUGAGGUGCUCGGGCCGCAGAAGACGGGUGCGGAUACAGAACACAAAUACAAGACUGAGUUGAAGGAGGUUUCGGGCAAGGGUUACACACAUACUAAGUUGGUGAUCAUUCCGGAUGGAGGUGUGAAGAGGUUUAGGGUGUUUGGAAAGAGAGUUUGAACAUGUCGUCGUUUUAGCAUAGCUGUGUAGAUGAAGACUCCUUGAGUCCCAAAUUACAUAUGACUACAGAU